AUCCAUCGGUGUUAUUGGGUCCGAAGGCAAUCGUUUGUCUCCGCCUUUGAGAAAAAGAUGUAAGAUUUCUGUCUGUAUUGUUAACUUGUUAGCAGAUUUUGAUAUGUUAUAAAGCUAAGGAGGAAACUUUCUCAAGUGUACGCAUUCUUUUAUCUCCGUCCAUACAUCGAUCGAAUCAGUGCAUCCAGUUGGCAAAAAACCUAACUGGAUUUUUUCCCACGGCUAUUCCUUCAAUAAUUAUGGAGAUCUUCCUCAUUUUUCUGCUAAAAUUGCAUAAAAUCGAAAAAUGGAAAACUCUGCCAAAUAAAAUACUAUAUACUUCAAAAUUUUACCUACUGUAAUGCUAUACAAGUGAUCUAAUUAUCCAAAAUUUCAACCGUCUAGCACGCUUCCUUUGGUAUUUAUAGCGUUUUCGAGUUUUCUACAGGUUUUCUUCUGUAAAACUUCUACGGAUGAGUAUAUAGUACAACUUUACCGACCCGGGCGUCCGCUGGAGAGUCAACAAGCUAGCGAGCGGUACUUAUUAAUUAAGGUGGAAAAUAUGGUACGCUCUCUUCGUAAAACUGAGGUCGAUCUUCAACAAAAUUUCCAGAUAUGAAAACUAUGCCCACUGACAUUGAAAUGACCGUAACUCUAUCAAGACUUUAUCAAAUCUCAGCGGAAUAUAUAUAAGUGUAUUUGUUUUUGGACAGAACAUCGAACUGCCAACUUAGUUUUAUAAGAACAUAUAUUAAUUAAGGUCUAACAAAUCUCGAGAUCCUUCGUAAAUUGGAUACAAGUCUUUCUAAAUUUUUAUCAUGAAGAACCAGUCAGAAGUUAUAGAAAGUUCUAUCGACUGGUAUACAACAGAAUUUUUUUCUCAUCUGUGUACAAUUGUUCUGGACCACUUCAACUUUAACUGCGGUGACUUAUCCUAAAACUUUCUUGCUGAAAAUUUUGUUUUCAUUAGCUAUAUAAGCAAGUGUCGGAAAAGUAAUGUUUUCAUAGACGAUCGACAUCGCUCUAUCGAAUGUAUGUCUCGGAUCUUUUUUUUGCGUAACUUCUUGUCUGAAAUUUUUUUUUCAAACGCUAUGCAAAUCACAUUGUAUCCAUCACAUGCAAGUCACAUCCAGUAACCCGAGAUAAAAAUAAAUACCCUAGAAAAAAUCGUAAAUUAUUAAUGAUAGAGUUUUAUAGAUGGACAUUCAUCAAUUCAAUAUUAUAUUCAACUAGACGGCAAUCACGCUAGCGAGAGUUGCGAAUGCGGUGCGACGCAGGAACAAGAAAAUGAAGGAUACGGCAACAGAGAACUCAGUUUUUUUGUCAAAUUAUGUACAGUAUUGUUCGCAGGAAAGAACUGAAUAAAGUGUAGAUUAGUCACGUGAACGAGUAAUUGUCUUUUUCUGCUACUGAUUCAUUAAACUUCAAAAUGUUUGUUGAGACACUCAAGUAUCACUCUGUAAAUAAAAGAAACAAGUUGAAUUUUGGCAUCAUCGUACACACUGCGUUAUUAUCUAUAACACAGUAAAGCGUCUAGUAGCGAAUCAUUACGUUAAUUAUUCGUUGAGCAUAGUCAUAAAGUGAAUCACACGAUAUGCAAACACUCUGCUUUAAAAGCGCUAGUAUGACUCAGAUUAAUUAUCCGUUUUUUUUGAAAAACUAUAAGUCCCAAACGUUCAAAACACCUUUUUUCAAGCCUUCUGGUUAAUGACUGAAUUAGUCACAAAGUCUCAAAAGAGGACAUUUACUAAUUCGGCCUAACAGCUCACUGUUCUCGUUUAAACUUUUAUGUUAGUCCUUCUAGUUUACGAGAAAAUCGUUACAGAAAAUGACAGUUUUGUAGCUUAGAAAGUAAACACGCAGUUUAUUACUAUAAUGCGGUAUGCUUCGCACCGCAUUAAAAAUCUCGGCUGAUUAUACUCUGAAUAUGCAUGUUAUUUAUUAUGCACGUAUGGAAUUGAGUUUAUCAUGGAAUUAUAUUCUGUACUUAAUGUUUGAAUGAAAAAUAGCGAUGACAGCCAACAGACGUUUAAACUCGAUUUAUUAUUACUUUUUCAAAUAGAAAAUAUCGAGUGAAACGAAUCGUUUUGCUCAGUACAAUAAUUACUUGUCGCCUUUUAUCUUUUUUUUUAAUAAACUGGAAUCAUUUCAAAAAUUUUUUAUUUUCUGUAUACUUAAUACUUCUGUUCAAAAUAAAAUUUUUGGCAGCUGUAAUCUAUUUCAAUGCUAACUAAAACGUUAUUUAUGUUGAAAAUCGAUACACCGAACAAUUUAACAAUGUAAAUUCGUCCUCAUACAGACAUAUCACGUGCCUCAGCUACUGAUAUAUCGUGUUUGAUGUUGCUCUAUGGACGCUAUGAUCUCUUUAGAUGAAUAUCUACUUCAGCUGAAAUUUCCUUUCAACUCCUUUCUCUUAUUUCUCUCGAAUUAUCUGAAUAAGUUAUACUGACCGACUAAUUUUCAUAUGUUUUUGUGACAAGGUAUUUUUAAGCGUGAUAUAUCACAAGUGGGUAUAUACUUUUUCAGGUGUUUUGACUUAUGACACUUAGUUAUAAGUGAAAAGUAAACAUAUAAAACAAAAAUAAAAAACGGAUAAAAACAAAGCACGCCUGCACAAUAUACAUUCUUUGUGGACACGAAGAAGGCAAUAAUUAUGAGUACUCUAGGUCUUUAUCAUCUUCCUCUGAAAUUAAGAUCCAUCCGCUUGUUAGAUACCUAGUCUUGUAUGACGAUAUGGGAAAUACUAAUUACUGUUACAAGAAAAUUAUUAAUGUUCUCAGAUUUUGCGUGUUGUCAGCUUUCUUUCUUGACUUAGUGGUAAGAACUGAUGUUUACGCUCUUCUAAAAUAAAUGUCUGCAACAUACUUGGUUUUUUUGUAUGAUCCUUCUCUCAAAGAACUUUCAUUCUUUUAAGUAAAUUAUAAUAAAUUUAAGUAAUAUUACAGGCGGAAGUAAGCAAUGUUGAUUACAAAAACGGCAUAAUGCUGUGUUUCAAAAUUAUAGAUGUGAAAUUUAAUUUUGUGAUAUCUAAUUUUGACGCUUUUCCCUAUUAAGCUUUUGUUAAUAUUAUAUAUAUUUAUUACUUUGGUUUUAAUUAUGUUUCUUUUAUAAAGUUUGAUGAUUUUUGACUUGACCUGUCUUUAAAAAACGCUAAAUAAAAUAAAAAGUCAUAAAAAUUGGUUAAAGCCAGACUUUUCUCUCAGCAACGGGCUUAAAGUCAUGCUUAUUACUGAAAACUUAGCAGAAAAUGAAACGUUUUCCUCCAGAGCUGAUAGUUAGUCGCCACGAUAGCCGUGUUGAGAACCUUACUCGAAUCGUAUUAAGAUUAGUAAGAUUUUGCUUACAUUCCGCUACGACCUUCAAGAAAUCUUACUAAGAUCGGGCGACCCAAAAAUUCUAAGAUUUAAUCAGAUUUUUCUACGGUGAUAGUAAGAUCUUACUAAGAAUUAUUCUUUUUUAGUACGAUUUAUUAAUGGUUGACUAAGUAUUUUGAAUACCUUGUUCAAGCAAGUACGAGCAACGUUGUGAAGAAAAAUGACACUGUAAAAAUUCAAUUAUAUAUUUUCGAUGCUAUUUAUAUAGAUGCAUGAGAGCAAAACAGAAGGAUGAAUAAAAAACUAAAGCAUCAUAUCUUAUUUAAAUUCUAGACAAGAUCUGAAAAUGUAUGAUGAUCAUACACGAUUUUAGUAAGAUAAUUUUAAGAAGUGUUCAAGAUUUUUACUAAGAUGUGUUUUAUCGAUCCAUUGUCCUUCGCGUUCUGUAUAAUCUUGAAAGGAGCAAUCUUGAAAAGAUUGAAAAAAGCAAUAUUAAUAGUAACAGCUGUUUCUUUUUAUCUAAAAUAAGCACACUAUUAUUCUCAUGUCGUUGUUAAGAUUCUGUGAUCGAUAUUUUUGAGUAACAGGAGCUCUUAUUAAAAUAAUAUUCUUAAAACAUGAAUUACCCGAUUAUUAUGCGCGGCACGCGUAAUUUUUCUGAAAAUAUAUCUCAUCCGACCCACAUUUUAAAAAGGUAUGUUCUAGAAUCUAUGCCAAAUGAAGAAGAUAUCAAUUCAAUAGAAAUAUUUUAAAUAAUAAAAAGAAGGCAAAAAUAAUCUUUUUUCAAAAUCCAGGCAUAGUUGCACGUGGUAGUGAGUGGGUAAGACUUCUGUUUUCUUAAAUGAAAGGAUACUUCAUAAUUUGCAUAUGGUAUGCGAGUUAAACAAACUGUUUAUCUUUUUUUACAAGCUUUUCUGUAUCAUCACGCAAACAAAAAUGGACCAAAAAAUUCAAUAUCUUUUUUUCUCUUUUCUCUUUCUCUUUCUCUCUCUCUCUUUGCAUUUUUGUACACAUAGUAUAUAAGUACGCGUUUUUUCAAAACGCAAUACACGCGCAUUCAAAUCAAACCCAUCUUCACAGCUAAUCGUAACGUCAAACAGUGAGUACCAUUAUUUGCAUGAAACAUGAUAGUGAGACAAAGUGAAAUAAUAAAGAAAAAACACAAGUGUUUUUUACCGAAAUCUUUGUUUGGAGCAAACAGUUUAUUAUACUGAAAAAACCUUUCUUAUUUUUAGAAUAAAAAAAAGAAGUUUUCUCGUUUAUGAUUCUAAAAGUCUCGUUAUCAACCCGAUAGAGUUUGAACUUAUAUCUUUAAAUACAAGUUCACAUAUUUUUAAUUUAUUUUAGACUGUUAUUUUUUCUUGUGGAAACAUCAUGCCAGACAUUCAAAAACUCAAAGGAACAUGGAAAUAUGAAGAUGGUGAAAAGUUUGAUGAUUUUUUAAGCGAACUUGGUAUUGGUUUAGCAUUACGUGUCUCAGCUAAAGCUGUUAAACCAACAAUUAUUAUAUCUCAAGAAGAUAAUGGUAAAUGGGUAUUUAAAUCUGAAUCAACGUUUAAAACACAAUCGUAUGAAUUUGAACCAAAUGUAGAAUUUUCUGAAACAAGACUUGAUGGUGAAGAAACAAAAUCAACAAUUCGUUUUACUGAUGAUGGUCAUUGGGUUCAUACAAGUCGCGAUAAAAAUGGAAAAGAAUCAACAGUUGAACGUUAUGUUGAUGAAAGUGAUCGACAACAAGUUGUUUGUACAUGUGGUAAAGCGAAAGCAACUCGCUGGUACAAACGAGCUUGGUAA